GCAAGCUGGGCCCGAGUGCUCGCUAACCCCAGCGUCUCCUGUCCCCGGUGUCCCGGGCGAGUUGGGCAGCCCCUGGAGCCCCGGCCUUGCGCCCCCGCCCCCAGCCAGGGCUUAGGUGAACCUGGGGUGGGGUGAGCGUGCGUGCGUGCGUGUGUGUGUAUGGUGUUGGGGGAGGUUAGACUGGGAACGCACUGUUUUCUUUCCCAGUUUGAUAUUAGCAACUGGAUUUUUACUUUAAGAACGGCUUUGCUCACUGCUGGGGUUGGGAGGGGGCGAUCUUUUCCCAUCACUCACAUCUUUGUUCAUUGUUCACUGAGUGGAAGGCAGGCGACUUAAAGAGACGAAAGAGAGGAAGGGGGGGAGAGGAAGAGAGAGGAAAAAGAGAGGGAGCGAGAAGAGAGAAGGAAGAGUGGCGCGGGGAGAGCCCCCCCGCCCCUGCCCGGGUCGGGUUGGAUGGUGAAACAGUAAACCCGCGCACGGAGGGUCGCCGGGAAAGUGGACAUUACCGCUUUAAUUAACUUCGAGAUGCUCCGGCGGCGGGACCUGGCGUAGCCGUGACGCGCCCCCAUAAAUCUGCCCGGCCCGGGGCUGCUCGGAGAACUCGUACAGUAGCGGCGUCAGACCCGACGCGCGCCUCCCAGUCCGGAGCCCAUUUGCAUAAUUGGAUCUUUUUUUUUUUUUUCUUUCUUUCUUUCCCCCACCCCCCUCAUUCUCCCUCCCUGAAACUUGUUUGAAAACCCAAGCGAAAACCGCGACGACCUGCACGCUCACAAGCGAGUGCCAAGGAACUGGGACGGCCCUCUGGCAAUCUGUCAGUGCCUGGAUCAGCUGCAUCCUUUCUGGGGUAUUUUCUCACCAGACUGACAGUCCUUAAGACAAGUAUGCAGUUAAGCUGCUAAGGAAUGGAAGAAGCCAGUCUGUGCCUUGGAGUGUCCUCGGCGGCGCCGGAAGCUGAGCCCCAUCUGAGCGGCCCCGUCCUCAACGGCCAGUAUGCCAUGAGUCAGAAGUUGCACCAAAUCACCUCCCAGCUCAGCCAUGCCUUUCCUGAGCUCCAUCCGCGGCCCAACUCUGAGGAGAAGACCCCCGCGCCCCUCGACGAGAAGGCCCAUGUGCCCAUGAGCGGCCAGCCCAUGGGCAGUCAGAUGGCGCUCCUGGCCAACCAGCUGGGACGGGACGUGGACACCAGCCUCAACGGGAGGGUGGACCUGCAGCAAUUCCUCAACGGGCAGAACCUGGGCAUCAUGUCCCAGAUGAGCGACAUCGAGGACGACGCCCGCAAAAACCGCAAGUACCCGUGCCCACUGUGCGGCAAGCGUUUCCGCUUCAACAGCAUCCUCUCCCUGCACAUGCGCACUCACACCGGCGAGAAGCCCUUCAAGUGCCCGUACUGCGACCACCGGGCGGCACAAAAGGGGAACCUCAAGAUUCACCUGCGGACCCACAAGCUGGGCAACCUGGGGAAGGGGCGCGGGCGCGUGCGCGAGGAGAACCGCCUGCUGCACGAGCUGGAGGAGAGGGCCAUCCUGCGGGACAAGCAGAUGAAGAGCAGCCUGCUGCAGCCCCGGCCCGACCUGAAGCCCCUGCCGCAUGCCCAGCAGACCCCGCUGGCCGCCUGCAACCUGGCCCUGCCCGCCAACCACAGCGUGUCGGACGUGGCCAACCCGGUGCCCUCGCCCAAGCCGGCCAGCGUGCAGGAGGAGGUGGUGGCCCCAGCCGCUGGCUUCCGCUGCACCUUCUGCAAGGGCAAGUUCAAGAAGCGGGAGGAGCUGGAUCGCCACAUCCGCAUCCUGCACAAGCCCUACAAGUGCACGCUGUGCGACUUCGCGGCCUCGCAGGAGGAGGAGCUCAUCAGCCACGUGGAGAAGGCCCACAUCACGGCCGAAUCGGCCCAGGGCCAGGGCCCCAACGGCGGCGGGGAGCAGUCAGCCAACGAGUUCCGCUGCGAGGUGUGCGGGCAGGUGUUCAGCCAGGCGUGGUUCCUAAAGGGCCACAUGCGGAAGCACAAGGACUCCUUCGAGCACUGCUGCCAGAUCUGCGGCCGGCGCUUCAAAGAGCCCUGGUUCCUGAAGAACCACAUGAAGGUCCACCUCAACAAGCUGUCGGUGAAGAACAAGUCCCCCAGCGACCCCGAGGUGCCUGUGCCCAUGGGCGGCAUGUCCCAGGAGGCCCACGCCAACCUGUACUCCAGGUACCUCUCCUGCCUGCAGAGCGGCUUCAUGGCCGCAGACAAAGCCAGCCUGAGCGAGCCCAGCCAGCUCUACGGCAAAGGCGAUUUGCCCAUGAAGGAGAAGGAGGUGGUGGGGAAGCUGCUGUCCCCCAUCUCCAGCAUGGCCCACAGCGUCCCCGAGGGCGACAAGCACUCCCUCCUGGGCUGCCUCAACCUCGUGCCGCCGCUGAAAUCCAGCUGCAUCGAGCGGUUGCAGGCGGCUGCCAAAGCCGCCGAGAUGGACCCCGUGAACAGCUACCAGGCUUGGCAGCUCAUGGCCAGGGGCAUGGCCAUGGAACACGGCUUCUUGUCUAAAGAGCACCAGCUACAGCGCAACCACGAAGACACUUUGGCAAACGCUGGAGUUCUGUUUGAUAAGGAGAAGCGGGAGUACGUGUUAGUGGGAGCAGAUGGCUCCAAGCAGAAAAUGCCUGCUGAUUUGGUUCACAGCACUAAAGUGGGCAAUCAGAGGGACCUGCCAAAUAAGCUCGACCCUUUAGAAGGCAGUCGGGAUUUUUUGUCCCACGGGCUGAACCAAGCUCUCGAGUACAACCUGCAGGGUCCCGGGAGCCUGAAGGAGAAGCCCACCGAGUGCCCGGACUGUGGCCGGGUGUUCCGCACCUACCACCAGGUGGUCGUGCACUCCCGUGUCCACAAGCGGGACCGCAAGGGCGACGAGGACGGGCUGCACGCGGGCCCCGACGAGCGGCGCGGCUCGGGCAGCGACCAGGAGUCCCAGUCCGUGAGCCGCUCCACCACGCCCGGCUCCUCCAAUGUGACCGAGGAGAGCGGGGUCGGAGGUGGGCUCUCCCAGCCCGGGAGUGCCCAGGAGGACAGCCCACACCCCUCCUCGCCGUCCUCCUCAGACAUUGGCGAGGAGGCUGGGAGAUCUGCCGGCGUCCAGCAGCCCGCGCUGCUUCGCGACAGGAGCCUGGGCUCGGCCAUGAAGGACUGCCCGUACUGCGGGAAAACCUUCCGAACCUCCCAUCACCUAAAGGUCCACCUGAGGAUACACACAGGUGAGAAACCCUACAAAUGUCCCCACUGUGAUUACGCGGGCACCCAGUCAGCAUCCUUAAAAUACCACCUGGAACGGCACCACCGGGAGCGGCAGAACGGAGCGGGACCGCUGUCCGGGCAGCCCCCGAACCAAGACCACAGGGACGAGCUGGCCGGCAAAGCUGCUCUGUUCAUCCGGCCGGAUGUCCUGAGGGGGGCGUUUAAGGGUCUCCCCGGAAUCGACUUCAGAGGCGGCCCUGCAUCUCAGCAGUGGACAUCGGGAGCGCUCUCGUCCGGAGAUCACCCGGGCCAGGCCACUGGCAUGUCUUCUGAGGCCUCUUCCGAUGCUCUCAAAGGUACCGACCUUCCUUCCAAAAGCACCCACUUCUCUGAAAUCGGGAGAGCUUAUCAAAGUAUCGUGAACAACGGUGUGAAUUUCCAAGGGUCCUUGCAAGCAUUCAUGGACAGCUUUGUCCUAAGCUCCUUGAAGAAGGAGAAGGACAUGAAGGACAAAGCCCUCUCGGACCCUCCUUCCAUGAAGGUCCACGGGGCGGACGGUGGCGAGGAGAAGGCCGGUGGCAAGGCGGUCCCCAGGAAGUCGGAGAAGUCUCAGUACGAGCCGCUGGACCUGUCGGUGCGGCCGGACGCCGCCUCCCUCCCCGGCUCCUCGCUGACUGUGCAAGACAGCAUCGCGUGGCACGGCUGCUUGUUUUGUGCUUUCACGACGUCCUCGAUGGAACUGAUGGCCCUUCAUCUCCAGGCCAACCACCUGGGCAAAGCGAAACGCAAAGAUAACGCCGUCGGGGUGACGGUCAAUUGCAAAGACCAGGGCCGGGAGGCGAGUAAAGCGGCCCUGCUGCCCUCGGUACAAUCAAGCAAAGAGAUGGCGCUUCCCAACCUGAUGGGGGCGCUAGACUCGGCCUCUGAGAAGAUGGCCCCGGGGCAGGUCAAGGAGACGCUGGGGGAGCAGAAGGGGGGCCCGUGGCCCAGCCACGUGGACCCCGCGUUCUGUAACUUCCCCUCAGACUUCUACAAGCAGUUCGGUGUGUACCCGGGCCUGCUGGGCUCGGGGGCCUCCAGUUCCUGCCCCACCCGGGAGCCCGACGGGAAGGCCCCCUCGGAAGACGACGCCCCGAUCCUGAUCCCCGAAACCACAAGUAAGAACGCUACUGAUGACCUCUCGGACAUCGCCUCCUCCGAGGACAUGGACUCGUCCAAGGGAGAGAACAACGAGGAAGAGGAUAUCGACACGGAGCCGGAGGUGAUGAGCAAGCCGCCCGCCCUCAGCAAGGACGGCGGCGGCGGCGGCGGGGAAGGCAGGGAUGCCCUGCUGCCCGCGGGCGCCCCGCAGCCCGUCCAGGGACUGGUCUCCCCUCUCUCCCAGGCGUCGGAGAAGCAGUGGCACAGCCCGGGCCUUCUUCCAGCCCAGGACCCCGCGGCGGGCCUGCCCAAGCCGGAGCGGGGGCCCCAGGGCCUGGAGAAGCCGAUGAACGUGCUGUCGGUUCUCAGGGCCUACAGCUCCGAUGGCUUAGCAGCCUUUAACGGACUUGCAAGUAGCACAGCAAAUUCUGGAUGUAUCAAGAGGCCAGACUUGUGUGGUAAGUUUUAGAAUCCUCUUCCUUUAGUUCAUUUCCCAAAACAUCAGUGCUGAUGUGUGCAUUUUUUAAAAAUGGGGUAGACGUCUCCCUGAGCAGAUUUUUGAACGACACAUAAGCCACCAUCCCCCGUCUCUGCUGUAUAUGCAGUGUAGACAAUCAUGAGAGUCAACUUCAUUUAGAAGUGCUGGACCUCUUACUUUUGUGUUCCAAUUUGCAUUGUCAUGCUCUGAAACGCCUGUACGGAAGGCACGGAAAAGGGGGCGGUGUCUCCCAGCGGGAGCUACUCCUGUUUUUUAAUCCGUAACUUGGCGGUUGGGGGGUGGGGGAGAAAACCUUACAAAACAAAAAGUAAAAGAGACAUGGUAACUUGCAAACUUUUCCGCCUUUUCACCUUAUGCAUAAGAUGCCUAAAGACCAGUCCUUACUGCUUUGCUAAGCCAAAUCUGCUUUCUGAAACUCUUCUUCAUAAUGACGUAGAGGAUACUAAAAUCAUAUCACACUAGCCACAGUGUAGAAAUAAAGCGGCCCUCUCUCCAGAUCGGGAGAUGGUUGUGGGGUGUUUGUGAUGCAUCUUGAGACAUACCAAAUGGCAGUUACUGUGACUUUGGCCUUCUAUGAUUGCCUUCUGUCCGUCCGUCUCUUCACCUGUCUGUUGUUCUAACAAGAAAUGUACCUUGUGAAGCCCCUGGUUAGCCGUGAUGUGAUCCCGUGUGUCUUGGAUUUAUGCCUGCCUGAUCUUGUUAGCAAACUGGCACUUCUUUACCUCCUUAAGGAGUAUGGUCACCCCAACGUAAUUCCCUAUCGGAAAAAGUAACAAUAAAAUUUGCAGCCUAGAAAUGCAUCAAAUGAGUGUCGUCAUGGGCUGGGCGGGGGGGGGGGUCAAAGUCACUCUGUUGGCACCCAGAUAUUUUUAUUCGAAAGCCUUUCUCUGCAUCAAAGCUCAGUGUGUUCUUCUCAGCCCCUAACACCCACACCAGAGACAAAGGACCAUGGGACCUCUCCAUCUGUCCUCUGUGAAAGGAUGUCUGUGAUUUGACUUCACUUGUUGAACAAAAGGAAGGAAGGAAGGAAAGGAGAGAGAAAGGAAGGAAAAUGGAUGGAAGGAGAGAAGUAUUUAACUUCUGAAUCCUGACAUUCCUUUUAGCACAGAAUGGGAUUCAACACGCUGGAGUCGGUUCAUAAUUUAAACUGAUGUAUUUCUUCCUUCCCCAUCCUUCCCUAAUUCACUAAGAACUGGAUCAAGCAGUCAGAAAUAUAUUUUUGAAUUGUCAAAAAUCACUAAACGGAUUUCUGACAGCUCAAAAAAAUAUUGACAGUUCCUUAUGCUGAAUGAUUCAUAAGGCCCCAUUAACCAGCACCCCCAGAUCUAUUUUUAGCCACAUACAAUUCAUUACUUUUGAAGCUGUUAAAAACAAUAUUUAAAAGAAAGAGAAAAGGGUUUUAUGUCAGUCCAAUUUUUUUUUUUUUCUUUUCUUCCGGGGGAGUGAUAUUUAAGUCUUUUUUUUUUUUCUUUUUUUCUUUUUUUUUUUACUGUUGUUUUAAGGUUGUGAUUGGAGUGCUUUCUUUUUUAUUGUUGUUUGGGGAUUUUUUUUUUUUUUUCCGUCUAUUUUCAGUUCUUUCAAAUACCUACAUAGGACCCUAGUCCCUGCCAGGAAUCCAUGCAUCAGAAAAGAUCAAAACCUGGCAUGUUUAUAAGCUCAUUAUUAUUGAAAUGAGCUCAUAUUACCCCUAUUAAUUUUCCCAUCCUCCCAUCAAUGGGGAAGGAAGGCUGCCUGCCUUUGAGGAAGCUUGCCCACUUGUGUCCUUUCGCGCCAGGAGAGGGUGGAGGGGAGGCAGCUUCGGGGAGCCCUUUCCUCUGAGCUGUAGCUUUUAGGCCCUUUGACCCCCCUCCCCCGAACAGCACCUCCCCACCCUGCCCUGACAAUUCCAGGGUCCAUGCAAAAAAACCUUCCUUGAGUCAGCCUUUCAGCCCUUGGGCAACAGAUCCUGAGGUGUAAGUUGGGGCCCCCCCGCUUCUGAAAGGGGAGGGAAGCUUCUCAGGCCAGCCAGGCUAAAAGGCACCGUGGUUCCUUCCCCCGAGGUCUAUGCAGAUCCCACAGCUCCACCUUGAACUCGUGGUACGGUGGUGCCAGAACCACCUCUGGUCGGAAACUGCCCGUUUUUAGACGGCACAGCUUCCGCGUUUCAGUUGAUUCUCGUUUCUCCCUCAUCCUCUCGCGUUAGCUUGGGAGCAAGGAAGGAAGGUGCUCUCCUCUGGCCUUUGCGUUUGCCUGGGCUGGGCUGGAGGCCCUGUCCUGGCGCUUCCAGGAUGGGUCUGACUCUGUCCGGUUUUCGGUUCCCCACUGCCCUGCCUGGCCCGCUGUCAUCCAAACCCUCUUCCUUCUGGCUGCUGGGAUUCAGGAAGGCCAGGCAUGUCCAUCCUUCCUGAGAGUUGAUAUCUGGGAGGAAAACUUUAAACCCACUGAGCUCCAAAGGGGGCAUCUGGGGGCGUUUUUCUUAUGGUCUGGCUUUCUCUCUAGCAUUGCAAGAAGCCCAAAUGAUCGUUGAAAACGCCCGUCUCCCAUCAGCUUGACUUUGCGAGGUUGGAAAUGAGAGCGACAUAGCAAGGCAGCUAUUGCUAAUGUUUAUUUCCUCCCCUCGGCUCCACUCAGCGUAGAUGUACAUUUCCAAACGGGCCCACGAGCUUGAUAUCUGGUUCCGUCAAGAACCUGGGCUUUGCCAACGCAAAGAAUGAUUCUGAUGUUUCCAAUAUCACAGGAGAGUGUGGGGUCUGAUUUUGUGUGGUGGGUAAACCCAGAGCCCUCCUCUGAUGGCCCUGGAAACAGCUGAUAGGAGGAGCUGAUACCAGUCUGGGUGUGAAGUGUUGGAAGAAGCAUCCAUAAAGCUCUUGUUUAAAUCACUUAAAUACCCUCUCCCCGCAGAGCUCAGCGGCUCUGCUGACACAUGCCGGUGAGUGGAGAGGGUGGCUUCUAGCCCUAAGUCUGUGGGUGCUACUUGUGUUGUCGGCUCUACUUCUGGGUGCUUCCUUAAUUCUGUAGACCUCUGGGCCUCCAGCUCAGGGACCAGGGGUCCUGGCCAGUGUGCACGACCCACUCCUAAGCCAAUGCAUUUCCCUACUCUGAUGCAGAAGAGGGAGACAAACAGGAGAGAGGCCAAUGGGGGGGGGGGCGUGUAGUGUCAACAAUGUUGACAACUUGACCAUGAAUCUUCAAAAGAUCCUUCCAGGAGUUCCCGUUGUGGCUCAGUGGUUAACAAAUCCAACGAGGAACCACGGGGUUGCAGGUUCGAUCCCUGGCCUCGCUCAGUGGGUGAAGGAUCCGGCAUUGCUGUGAGCUGUGGUGGAGGUUGCAGAUUCAACUGGGAUCUGGCAUUGCUGUGGCUGUGGUGUAGGCUGGUGGCUACAGCUCGGAUUGGACCCCUAGCCUGGGAACCCCCAUAUGCCAUAGGAGCGGCCCUAGAAAUGGCAAAAAAAGACAAAAAAAAAAAAAUCCUCCACAGAGAACAGUGCCUUAGCCUAUCCGAGGCCUGUUACAGAUGACGCCGAGGAGGAUACUGGGCAUGGGUUAACCCAAGAUGGAUUAAGCUAAAGGACAUACACUGUUGCUUCUGGAAUAGCUCAGGUCCCACUUGUCAUAAGAUGUCUUCCAGAUUCCAGGCAUGGCCCGCCUCUUUUUGUUCUGUUGAAGAACAUAAGGUACAGGAAUUCCCAUCGUGGCUCAGCAGAAACGAAUCUGACUAGGAACCAUGAGGUUGUGGGUUCGAUCCUUGGCCUCGUUCAGUGGAUUACGGAUCUGGCGUUGCCAUGAGCUGUGGUGUAGGUCGCAGGUGCGGCUCGGAUCCCGUGUUGCUGUGGCUGUGGUGUAGGCUGGCAGUUCCAGCUCUGAUUAGACCCCUAGCCUGGGAACCUCCAUAUGCCGCGGGUGCGGCCCACAAAAGACCAAAACAAAACAAAACACAUAAGGUACAGGGGCAUUCCCAUGCCAUCAGAGAACUUGGAUGUGCCCUUGGUUUUAUUGGAAUGGAUUUGACCUUGUUUUCAUGAUGGGACAGGAUCCACAUGAGUAUUUAAUAAGGGGGUUGGUGGGGCCAGGGCAGACCAGGGCAGCAUUCACAUCCACUGACAAGAAAGGCAGACAACCCCUUUGUCCAGCCAAGAAAUCUGAUGAACCGUUGGGUCAGCCAGUAGCUUGGAGCCGUGAGAGAGCUCUGGUGUGCCCCGGACAGCCCAGAAGCUGGUCUGCACAGUGCCAGUGGGACUGGCUGCGUGGCACCAGGUACAGAGCUUGCCUUGCUCCAGAAUUUGUGGAUUUGGAGGGCAACCUUUACUUUAGCUUUUGGAACUGAGACAGAUGGCUGCAAGCCAUCAUGUGUUGAGUCUUGCAAAUGGCGUUUACUCUGUAUCCUCUGGUGAGUCCAGGGGUAGGGGUGAUGGAGAAGGAACUAAAGUCGAAUUAAGGGAAAGGGAGUGAGAUGAGCAUGACUCCUGAACUCUUGGAAACCGUGCUUUGGAGUUCCCGCCACACAGGGAAGCUGGGCUGAGCCAGGAGCAUCUAUCAGCUUCUCUACCAUGGGGGGGCAAGGCCCUGGUGUGGUGGCUGCCAGAUCCAGGGACCCACCAGGUGGAAUCGAGUAAGAAGAAGGGUCACCAACAGCAAUAGCCUCAGGAUUUCCAAUUAAGAGGACCUGGCUUCCCAAAUUAUGCCUGCACCUAGGGGUUCUCUCAUAGCAAUGAGGGAAUUAGGACCUCCCUAAAAAAAAAGAUAGGAUCCAUGGAAACUUCAAACCUCUUUACCUUAUGUAUUCUAAAAUGUGUGUUCAAGUGAACCAGGUUAGCAGAGCUGAAUUCUUUUUUUUUUUUUUUUUUUCCCCUGCUCUUUACGGCUGCACCUGCAGCAUAUGGAAGUUCCUGGGCCAGGGGUCCAAUCAGAGCUGCAGCUUCCAGCCACAGCCACAGCGAUGCCAGGUCCAAGCCACAUCUGUGACCUACACCACAGCUCCCGGCACCAUCCCUCACCCACAGAGCGAGGCCAGAGAUUGAAUCCGCAUCCUCAUGAAUACAGGUUGGGCUCAUUACCGCUGAGCUAUGAUGCGAACUCCAGAGCGGAAGGCUAGAUGUGACUUCCAUCCUCCAAAAACCUCUCCCAUUUCUGAGCAUAGGCAGUCUGAAAAUAGUCACCUUUGUCCCAGCAACACAGUCGAAAGCAGGAUUAGGCCACACACUUUUCUUAGAAGGCCAGAGAGUAAAUCCAUGACGCUUGAAGUCCUGUGGUCUCUGCCAGGCAGUGCAAAGCAGCCAAUAAGCAAUAAGGAAGCACUUGGGCGUAGCCAUGGUCCAAAAAAACUUCAGUUAUUAACACAGGCUGUGGGCUAGAAGUGGCCCACGGGGGCUGGUUUGCCAACCCCUGUGCUCCUGUAAACAAGGUGGUGCGGCUCUGGUCACCCUAGGCAAGAUGGGACAACUGCCCUCUGCUAACGCCACCUGCCAGUGAGACGACGUGCGCAGGACCCAUCUCCUGCUAUUUAAAGCCAAAGCCGGAGGUGCAAGAGAUCUUCCAGAGAGAGAGGACUUGGAGACCCAGGUGGCCUGGUGUAGCUGUUUCUGGAAGGUCUCAUCUCUGCUUACACGCUAAAAACUUCCAGAACACCCCUUCCAUGACUCAUGGUGAGUCCAGGGCUGCCCCUCAUCAUGGCCAAGGUGGGCAGAACAGGAAGAGGCAGGAGCUCCGUCUUGGCCUUGAGGUGAACUUGAUGGACAGAACAUGAGGAUAAAAAGAGAUGAUGGAUGGAGAAGAGCUCGGAUAGAUGGCUCUCCAUUGAGCUGGUAUUUUAUAGAAGAGCUGCUCAUCCCCCUGAGACUGUCACAAGGAGUUGAUGGCAGCGCCCACACGUCUUUUGAUUGCGGUAGUGCCUUUAGCCCUGAGCAGGUCCACAUCUUCCUUCCCAUCGCGCCUGUGGAGACACGUUUUAUUUCUUCGUGUCUGCCACACCCAGGCAUUGAUAACCCCUCCUUAGUGGGUGGGAAGUUAGCUUGGAAGGCAGUUCUGGCAGUUUGGGGAUGACGUCCCAUUGCAAUGGCAUACCAUGUCUGUUUCUACUCCAUCCUCCUGAUAGAAGGCAAGUGCUUCGACAAGGAGAAAUAAGUCCUGCCUUCUCAGUCUUUGGCCAAGAAAGAGCUAAGGUCUGUGGUCAGCUAGGGAUUUCCAAGCAAGCCGUGGCAGGAUAUGCGAAAACACUGCGAGCGAUGCAUCCAGGCAGAGGACGAUGCGCUGAGGGUGGAGCCUGUGACAGUGGGUACAUUGUUGGUCUUGUGGAUGAGCCCAGGUUCUAAGAUGUGGCCCUGAAGCCAGCAGGUUGGAAUGAAGCAAGGAGGUUACAUGAGUUAAACAGGCACAGGAAGAGAAGCACAAAAAUCAAAACCACCCCAUAUAAGGGGGAGAGCACUUAGCCGAGGAAACCCAGGGACUCGCUGCUGUGGGGUCUUGUCUGCGGAGCUGCCGUGCUGUAUCUACAGCCAGAUGAGCCAUCCUCCUCCUCUUCCUCGGCUUCCUGAGCUGAUGCUCCUGCGUCUUGGCUGGCAGAGACCGUGGAAACUCUUUUGCCCUCAUUUUCGUCGCUCGACUUUAGCAUUUACAGGUUGGCUGUUGACGCCCACGGUCCAGCCUGCUCUCACUCAUAGCGUGUGUCCAGGGCCUGAGGUUAGGUUACAUCAGUAGGGAGGACCCUUUGGCUCAUCCUGAAGUCCAAGGGCAGAUCCUUUAAAUGAAUGCAAGUCGCCACCUCAUCCUGCCCACUCUGCCACUGCUGGGUUGCCUCCCCACGAGUCUGCGGAGCCUCCUUUUGACUCCGGGGGGAACAAAGCACAGGUGCUGUCCCCCAGGGUCUCCCACAGAACUCAGCACCCCCGGGCAGGUUCUCGCCUGCCCUUGUCCCUAACCAGGCCCUGUGCACCGUGUCGAGGAAAAGGCAGCCUCUUUGGAUAGCGGCCCCUUCCAACUCUUUCGUCUUUCUGCUCCUCCUCCCCUUCCCUCUCUUUAAAUUAAAUAGGGACUGCCACUGACGUGAUGUCGUUUGCACUGCAGGAUGACAGAACUGUUGUGUGAAUACCAUUGUAUUUGCCAAAUGGUCCACUCGUCAUUUCAGAACAAACAAAUGGAUGGUGUCUGUAAGUCGGCAAACACUGGUGACAUUUAGCCUUGUUUAUGUUCCUUUCCUUUUGCUGCACAUUUUUGGCUCCAGAAGCUACUGGCUGAAUCAACAGUGCCUCCGAAGCAGGAGCAAAGUCUGGUAGCUUUCAUUUUGGUUGCCGCGUCCCUUUUCUCUUUGGCUCGCAUGAUACCUCCUGACCAGGAUCAAGCCCGGGGUGGGAAAAGAGACCAAGGCAGCUCUUUGGUUCAAAACCUAUCUCCAUAUAAACCAUAUUUUUUUCCUCCCUGAUAAUGCCUUCAAAUUGGGAGGGAGGAAGAGAAUGCUGAGAGGAGAGAGUGCUGUCAGAACAGACAGCCACAUCCCCCUGGGAAAUGCCAACUCUCCAGGCAAGCCCAGCCACCACCACGUGCAAUAGGAGCGGCGUGACCCCAUUGCUGUGUUGAGCUGGGUGCCGGUACCCGGGGCUUAAGCUUUGGCAGCUACCUUCUCAGGCUGCUGACUCAAAGUCAUGGCUGGCACUGACAGCCUUUGAGAUACAGACCCCAUCUUAACCGCGGAUGGAAUCAAGUUCUUUCUUUUUUUCCUUUUCAGAUCUUCUGUGCCAAGCCCAGGUUUCAAAUACGUAGUAAUUAUCUCCUAUUACCUAGCGCUGAUCAACAGCACCUCUCCAUCUAAUUGCCAACCUGCUCUAAUCACUGAGACUAUUCUUGCUUUAGCCAGAGACGGAAGGACCAACUUUUAUAAAUAUUGCUUUAUUGUCCUUAUUCCAUUAAACAAUCAGGGACUGUGGCCCUGCCCUUGCUGUCAAAUGCCUCUAGCGCACACGGUUUCUGGAUUGUUUAAUGAAUCUGCACAUUUUCUUGCAGGUAAGUGACAGCCCCUGUUCUAGUCGGUCUAGCUGGACUUGCCCUUGUCUGUUCGUGCACCUCGGUGGCUAUCUGCAGCUUGUAAAUCGUGUAAAGUCAAGAGAAGAAUGUAUACACAUAUGUGUGUUGAAUAAAUAAUUACCAUUGGCAUAGGUAUGUGUAUACACAUGGCACACCAACCUACAGCGUAUAUAGCAAAGAAUCAGGGAGGCUAAAAAUAUUGCCCCAUAUGUUCCCCCAUUAGCAUAGGAUGGGGAAGCCUUAGUCACUUGAAUGGGAGAGAAAAUUCGCUCAGAGUCCUGCAUCCUGCAUGACAAAGGCUGGUGGAUUUGAGGUCCCUUUACCCGUGAAAACCCUGAAGCCCCCCCCCCCGCCCCCGUACACACAGACACACACACACACAGAUAACACACACACACUUCAGCACAGCUUCUGGAGGUGGGCCCUACAAUGGUCUUUUGGUGGCAUUACUGCUUAUGUCUGAUUGUCCUGUAUUUUGUAACACUUUAGAAGAAUACGGCAAAGUGCAGUAAUUACCUUUCUCCAUAGUCUUUAAGCAGUGAUAUUGCUAGUUUAAUAUUGUGUUGGGUCGUCUUAUUAACCGGGAAGAGAUGACAGUCAAAUUUCAGUGAACAGUUACCUUGCCCUCCUCUCCUUAAACACGGCGAUUGCAGCGAAAUGUGUAAACGUGUAACCGGGUUAUCGUGUGCUUUGGCAUAGAGUAUUGUUGAAGUAAUUAGACGCUCUCUUAAGGUAUUCCUGGUAAUGAAGGCAUGUAAGUUAUAAUCAUUGUAGCUUUCUGAAUACGUGUCAAACUAUAUCUUUAAGUGUGCUGUAUGCUGAGUUACAAGUUAGGUCCUUUAUGAAUGGAAUGUAAAACAAUACUAAAAAUGCUUCAAUAACGUAUCUUGGUAUUGCUAAUAAAAAAAAAGCUGUGAAACAU